AGUGGGCGGGGCCUGUCUGUCUCCUCCUUCCCCAGGGCCUCUUCCUCGGAAGUGGAUGCAUCCGUCUAUGUUCCGUUCAUUUCUUUUAAAAUAUUUUUUAUAACAACCCCUUCUUUCCCUGACACUUCGCWCCAUGGCAGCCACAAUGGACGACUAAACCGGGCCACGGGUUCUGGUUCCGCCCGUCUUUCUUUAAUCUUGCAUCAAGAGGACCGGAUGAAACCCAACUGUGGUUUUCUCCGCUUCGCAGGGGAGGUAGCUGUAUCCAGUGGGGAGGUGGGCUCGACCCGGGGAGGACAGGAUGAAGUCGGUCCAGCCCUGGGGACGCCGGAGGCUGUCGUUUCUCCUGGAAACAGUCGCCUCUAGGGAAGCCAGCACGUGGACGGUCUACGCGCCGAAGAAACCCUCCUCACAGAUCGACAGCUCAGAGCUGAUCCUCAGCCGAGAGCUGGUGGCGCGCAGUCUGUCCACGCCGAGCGCUUCCCUGCCUCCAAACACUGUCUACAUCUACCAGCCCCGCCCCCCCACCUGCUGCCAGCCGGGUAGGUUCUACGUCCGGUUGCUCUGCUCUGCAAAGACGGUCACAUAAAAACCAACAUGAGUCUGGUUUGUUCUCAGGGACCAUCACCUCCCGGGACCACCCCCUCUGCACCCCCGUCCAGCCCCCAACAGCUUCUGCCGAGGAGGGGAGGAGCUUCUCCUCAGCUCUGCUC